AUGAAAUUUGAAAAGCUUCAUUCUCAUAAUCCAUCACCAAAAACUCUUGACUUCGCUUCCACAACCAAAUCAACAUUUGUACCUCCACCUCUUGGUUUAGAAAUUGUUACUAUGCCAAACAACAAAAUUUUUGAUCUCUUCCUAAAAGGAUCUAUAAGUGCAAAAUAAAUGUUACAAAUGGAUAACAACGAUAUUGAGAAAUCACCUAGAACUCCUCCUAGACGUCAACAAACAAGGCAUAAAUCAAUAAAAAAAAAUUAAGCUGACUAAAUCUUCAAUCUAGUAGAGAGAUUUUAACACAAAAGGAAAUAAUCUAUUAUAAUACCUUAGAAUCCAUAACCCAAAAAUCCACCAAAAUUGGAACGGAAGGAAACAUUGAUGCAAUUGACAUCCAGUACAAAGGAACUGCUUCAACCAAUAGCAUAAUCUAGAUUCAGAGCAGCAAAUAGAAAAUUUACUUAAAGAAGCAUGUCUGGUUCUAAGGAAGAAUAAUUGAUAAGGAGAUGUGAAAAACUCAGUGGUGAACGUUUGAAGGAAGAAGAAAAAGAAUUAUUAUUAAAAAAGGAAAUUACAGAUGAAGAUGCAUGGAGAAUGAUGAAUGUAUUUCAAAAAAAGAAAUGGUUUUUUGAUUAUGUACAUAGAAAUCUAGAUCAGUAAAAAUAACAAUCAAGUUAACAAGAAAUCAAGUAGUAAGUUUAACCUAUUUCACUCUUUUAAAAAUUAAGAAACACAGUUCUUAAACAAGCAGAAGUCAAAAGAAAACCUGAAAAACAAUGCUAGGAAUACUACAAUCACAUUUAAAAUAUUGAAGAUUAAAUAAAGUACCAUGUAUUCAAUAGAAAUAUGCCUGAAAAAAUUAGAAAUCAAUAAAAACAAAAUGUAAAAAUGUUCAGAUCCGAAUCUGAAGUUUCCAAACUUAAUAUCAGAAAUAGGUUUCUAGAGGUAGCUGACAAAUUUAGUAUCAAUUAAUCCAAUCCUUAAAUCUUAAAGGAAUUUUUUGAAAAUGGUAGUCAAACUAGCAAAUCCCAACCUAAAAUCCAAAAGGGUAAAUUUACGAAUAGAAGAGUCCAAAGACCAUAAUUAUCAAGGGAAAAUGAUAUUUCUCAUGAAAGUUAAGGAGAUUCAUAUAAAAGUAUAACUGAAUUCAGACUCAAUGAGUUGUAUCAUGAGAGUAAAUAAAGAUAAAAAUAAUAUAAAUAAAAAUAUGAUACUCCUUUCAUUGACAAUGGGGAUUAACUAUAAAGAAAAGUCAAGAAUUUGGUCAGAUUGGGAAAUUUAUAGAAUACCAUUUUAAAUGUAGUUUAAUUUAAACUUUAAUAAUGA